AUGUACAAGAGGAAUGGUCUGAUGGCUAGCGUGUUGGUCACCUCUGCCACUCCACAGGGCAGCAGCAGCUCAGACUCUCUGGAGGGCCAGAGCUGCGACUAUGCCAGCAAGAGCUAUGAUGCCGUUGUCUUCGAUGUCUUGAAAGUGACUCCCGAGGAGUUUGCUAGCCAGAUCACACUGAUGGACAUACCUGUGUUUAAAGCCAUCCAGCCAGAGGAACUAGCCAGCUGUGGAUGGAGUAAGAAGGAGAAACAUAGUCUUGCCCCCAACGUUGUGGCCUUUACCCGGAGGUUUAACCAGGUCAGUUUUUGGGUUGUUCGAGAAAUUCUAACAGCACAGACGUUAAAAAUAAGGGCAGAAAUUCUGAGCCAUUUUGUGAAAAUAGCCAAGAAACUUCUAGAACUCAAUAACCUUCAUUCUCUCAUGUCUGUGGUGUCAGCAUUACAAAGUGCACCGAUCUUCAGGCUGACAAAAACCUGGGCUCUUUUGAAUAGAAAAGACAAGACUACCUUUGAGAAAUUGGACUACCUGAUGUCUAAAGAAGAUAAUUACAAACGGACGCGGGAAUAUAUCAGAAGCCUGAAGAUGGUUCCCAGUAUUCCCUAUCUAGGGAUCUAUCUUCUGGAUUUAAUCUACAUUGAUUCCGCAUAUCCUGCCUCAGGCAGCAUCAUGGAAAAUGAACAAAGAUCCAAUCAGAUGAACAAUAUUCUCCGAAUAAUUGCUGAUUUACAAGUUUCCUGCAGCUACGAUCACCUCACAACCCUGCCCCAUGUGCAGAAGUACCUAAAAUCUGUACGCUACAUUGAAGAACUUCAGAAGUUUGUGGAAGACGACAACUACAAACUGUCACUCAGAAUUGAACCAGGAAGCAGCUCUCCGAGACUAGUCUCUUCCAAGGAAGAUCUUGCAGGACCCUCUGCUGGCUCCAGUUCUGCAAGGUUCAGCCGGAGGCCCACCUGUCCUGAUGCAUCUGUUGCUGGCAGCCUCCCCACACCCCCAGUCCCAAGACACAGGAAGAGCCACAGCCUGGGCAACAAUAUGAUGUGUCAGUUGAGUGUAGUUGAGAGUAAAAGUGCAACAUUCCCAUCGGAGAAAGCGAGGCACCUACUGGACGACAGCGUCCUAGAGUCCCGCAGCCCCCGCAGGGGCCUUGCCCUCACCUCCUCUGCCGUCACCAAUGGACUCUCCCUAGGCAGUAGUGAGAGCUCAGAGUUUAGUGAAGAAAUGUCUUCAGGGCUGGAAAGCAGGGGACGUCUCUAUGCCACCCUGGGGCCCAAUUGGCGGGUUCCAGUUCGGAAUUCUCCCAGAACCCGGAGCUGUGUCUACAGCCCCACCGGCCCAUGCAUCUGUACUCUGGGGAGCUCUGCAGCAGUGCCCACCAUGGAGGGGCCUCUGAGAAGGAAAACCCUGCUCAAGGAAGGACGGAAGCCUGCGCUGUCCUCGUGGACCAGGUAUUGGGUCAUACUCUCAGGAUCCACCCUCCUCUACUACGGAGCCAAGUCCUUACGGGGCACAGACAGAAAACAUUAUAAAUCCACGCCUGGCAAAAAGGUCUCCAUUACGGGCUGGAUGGUGCAGCUGCCCGAUGACCCUGAGCACCCGGAUAUCUUCCAGCUGAACAACCCUGACAAAGGCAAUGUUUACAAGUUUCAGACUGGUUCCCGGUUUCAUGCAAUACUGUGGCACAAGCAUUUGGAUGAUGCAUGUAAAAGCAACAGGCCUCAGGUACCUGCAAACCUUAUGUCAUUUGAAUAA